CGUUCUGUGCGGAAGAGAGCUGCAGAGCUGAUGCAGUCUGCACUGCUGUCACUACCCGGUCCGUACGGUCCGCAGGUUUAACUGCGCUGCCGCACACUGCACCAGCAGCUACCCACGCAGUAGCACACUGCCCGAACGGGCAAUGGCCAAGAAGUAGGGUUUACGGGCAUCUAUGGUAAACCUGUGCAGUGUUCGCUGAGGGAUUAUUUGAAUAUUAUUUUUUUCCUGGAGGUGUGAUAUCGCAGCCAUGGUGAGCUGUCAGACUCCCAGAAGUUUACGCUGGGGCGACCGGGGCUUCGCUCCUCUGCUGGCUGCCGCGCUGCUCAGUCUUCUGUUCGCAGGGAUACAGCAAACCACAGCUUUUCCCUCCUGGAGGUUAGAGGAAGAAGCUUACACCACUGUGUUGCUCAUCGGGAUCCGCAAAGAGGCCCGCUCACAAGUGCUCCACCUCUCCAGGAACAAGCGCUACACCCUCACCCCGGAGCAGCUCAAAUGGGACAAGUUCAAGCUAACAUACAAGUUGCUCUCCUACCCUACAAACUUGAUAAAUGCCAGUGAUACGCGCCGAGGCAUCGCCAAGGCUUUUGGCAUGUGGAGCGACGUCUCACCUUUCAGCUUCAGAGAGGUGCCAGCUGACCAAGAAGCAGCCAUUAAGAUCGGUUUCUACCCCAUCAACCACACAGACUGUUUGCAGUCCUACUUGCACCAUUGUUUUGACGGCAUCACAGGAGAAUUGGCUCAUGCUUUCUUCCCGCCAACUGGCGAGAUCCACUUCGACGACCAUGAAUACUGGAUUCUAGGAAACAUGCGCUUUAGCUGGAAGAAAGGGGUUUGGCUGACGGAUCUUGUCCAUGUGGCAACCCAUGAAAUUGGCCACGUCCUGGGACUUAUGCACUCCUUGGACCCGAAAGCUAUAAUGCACCUGAAUGCAACUCUGACAGGGCGCAAGCUGAUCACACAGGAUGAGGUGUGGGGUUUGCACCGUCUCUACGGAUGUUUGGACCGGUUAUUUAUCUGUCCGGCCUGGGCUCGGAAAGGCUAUUGCGGAAGCAAACGUAAACUGAUGCAGAAGCACUGCCCCUCCAGCUGUGAUUUCUGUUACGAAUUUCCUUUUCCCACUGUGGCUCCCACCACGACCCCCCCGAGGACCAAGCACAAGCUGGUCGUUGAGGGCAAGAAGCUCACUUUUCGUUGUGGGAAGAAAAUAGCAUCGAAGAAAGGCAAAGUAUACUGGUACAAGGACGGCGAGCUGCUGGAGUUCUCUCACCCCAACUACAUCUCCCUAAAAGACGACCACAUUACUAUAGUGGCCAAUGCCAUCAACGAAGGCACAUACACCUGCAUUGUGAAGAAAAAAGACAAAGUUCUCACAAACUACUCAUGGAGAGUGCGUGUGCGCUUCUGAAGGCUUCUGCACAAUGAACAGGACGCAUUUACACAUACGCUCACAAAGGACACCUCAUUCACCAUGGGCACAUAUUUCUGUUUUUUUUCUUCUUUUGAACUGUCUUUCCUGUAUCUUCUGCAAACAACGGUCUAUUGUUGAUUGUAAUUGUGUAAAUGCGUUUUAAUAGGUGCAAAUAAUAAAUGUCCCAUGACAAGUAGUGCUCCAGUGAAAACACCAUCUGUAAAAAGAUGUUCAUGA